ACAUCUCAAAGCCUGCACGUAAGAACAUCUACUGAGAAAUUAUUUUAAGCAGACACCAGCUAAGUGGGGGGAGGAAAAAGAACAGAGGAGAACAAACAAAACUCCCGUGGUCUUGGAUGUAAGAGAACCCAGCAGCAAUGAACUGGUCCUUCUUCAGAACAGCUGCAGUGCUGUUCAUUUUCCUGGUGGUGCUGGAAGUUAACAGUGAAUUUCAAAUCCAGUUUAGAGAUUAUAACACUAAAAAUGGCACCAUCAAGUGGCAUUCCAUCAGGAGGCAAAAACGUGAGUGGAUCAAGUUUGCUGCAGCCUGCCGUGAAGGUGAGGACAACUCAAAGAGGAACCCAAUUGCCAAAAUUCACUCAGAUUGUGCUGCAAACCAGCAAGUUACAUACCUCAUCUCUGGAGUAGGAAUUGAUCAACCACCUUACGGAAUCUUUGUUAUUAAUCAAAAAACUGGUGAAAUUAAUAUAACAGCCAAAGUUGAUCGAGAGGUCACCCCUUUUUUCAUUAUCUAUUGUCGGGCUGUGAAUUCACUGGGCCAAGAUUUGGAGAGAGUUCUUGAGCUCAGAGUCAGGGUUUUGGAUAUAAAUGACAACCCUCCAGUAUUUUCUAUGUCUACUUUUCUAGGACAAAUAGAAGAAAAUUCUAAUGCCAAUACACUGGUGAUGAUACUCAAUGCUACUGAUGCAGAUGAACCGAAUAAUUUGAACUCAAAAAUAGCCUUCAAGAUUGUAAGACAAGAACCUUCUGAUUCAGCAAUGUUUAUUAUCAACAGAUACACUGCAGAAAUUCGAACAAUGAAUAAUUUUCUGGACAGAGAGCAAUAUGGCCAGUACUCUCUAGUUGUAAGAGGCUCAGACCGAGAUGGUGGGGCAGAUGGUAUGGCAGCAGAGUGUGAAUGCAGCAUUAAAGUCCUCGAUGUCAAUGAUAACAUCCCAUACAUGGAACAGUCAGCAUAUUCCAUAAAUAUUGAAGAAAAUGUUCUAAAUUCAAAUUUGCUCCAGAUAAGAAUAAUUGAUUUGGAUGAGGAGUUCUCAGCUAACUGGAUGGCAGUCAUUUUCUUUAUCUCUGGAAAUGAGGGAAAUUGGUUUGACAUAGAAAUGAAUGAAAGAACAAAUGUAGGAACUUUAAAGGUUAUUAAGCCCCUAGAUUAUGAAGCUGUGAAGAAUCUGCAACUUAGUCUUGGUGUUAGAAAUAAAGCUGAAUUUCAUCAAUCAAUUAUGUCUCAAUAUAAACUCAGAGCAACUGUAGUCUCUGUGACUGUGUUAAAUGUAGUUGAAGGCUCAGUGUUCCGUCCAAGUUCAAAGACAUUUGUAGUAACUAGAGAGAUGGGACAAAACUAUCAAUUGGGAGACUUUAUAGCUACUGAUCUGGACACAGGUCUACCUUCAACCACUGUUAGAUAUGUAAUGGCAAGGAAUCCAGCUGGCCUAAUCACUAUUGACUCAAAAACAGGCAUAAUUAUUUUGAGAAAUAAAGCUACAGUUCAACAAUAUAAAAUACUUAGGGGAAAAUACCAAGGAACAAUUCUAGCUAUAGAUGAUGCUCUUCAAAGAACUUCUACUGGUACAAUUAUUAUUAAUCUUGAAAGUAGUUCCUGGAAAAAUGAUUCAUCGUCUAAUAAAAAUAAUACCAGUACUAGCACAAAUGGCCUUACUUCCUCAGAUGUUACUACUAAUACCUACAUAAACAGUGCCAGGAUUCAAACAAAUAAUGCCUCUGUAGGUCACACCAGUGCUUUACGGAAAACAAACAAAAAUAAUAUACAUUUUGGUCCUGCUAGCAUUGGACUACUCAUCAUGGGAUUCUUGAUCCUAGGAUUGGUCCCAGUUUUGUUGAUGUUUUGUGACUGUGGAGGUGUCCCUGGUUCUGGGGCCAGAUUUAAGCCUGUUCCUGAAUGUUUGGAUGGAGCAAUUCAUUCGUGGGCAGUGGAAGGAGCGCAGCCCAAACGUGCGGAUUUGACCAAUAUCUGUGCACCACAAAUACCACCCAAUAAUGCAGAUAUUAUUGAGUGCAUUGACAACUCAGGGGUUUACACAAAUGAGUAUCGUGGCAGAAAAAUACAAGAUCUGGGAGGAGGAGAAAGAACGACAACAUUGGAACUACUGGAUGCAGGUAAAACAUCAGGAACACGUAAGAUAGGUCAAGAAAAUUCUGGAACAUUAAGAAGAAGUUCUAUAAGGGAAUGUAGACAAGGAGGGCUGAAUAUGAACUUCAUGGAAAAUUACUUCUGCCAGAAAGCAUAUGCUUAUGCAGAUGAAGACGAAGCACGCCCAUCCAAUGACUGUUUGCUCAUAUAUGAUAUUGAAGGGGUAGGUUCCCCUGCAGGCUCUGUGGGUUGUUGUAGCUUCAUUGGAGAAGACUUGGAUGACAGCUAUUUGGAUACACUGGGGACUAAAUUUAAGAAGUUGGCAGAUAUCAGCCUGGGAAAAGAGGUUGAACCAUAUCCAGACCCUGAUCCCUCUUGGCCACCUGACAGCACUGAACUGAUCUGCCCUCUGCAGGGAACAGAGCCCAUUGGUAGUGGACACCCACACAUCUCCCCACAUUUCGGCACCACCACCAUCAUUUCUGAGAGUAACUACCCCUCGGAACCUGGGGUACAGCAUCCUAUUCCUGAUCCUCUGGGCUAUGGUAAUGUCACUUUAACUGAGUCUUACACCACCUUGAGCACUCUGAAGCCUUCUGUCCACGUUCACGAUAACCGACAUGCAUCAAACGUAGUGGUGACAGAGAGGGUGGUCAGCCCAAUCUCUGGUGCCAAUCUGAAUGGGAUGUUAGAGAUGCCUGACUUGAGAGAUGGGUCAAAUGUUAUAGUGACAGAAAGGGUGAUAACACCCAGUUCAAGCCUGCCCUCCACUUUGACCAUCCCUGAUCCUAGAGAGUCUUCAAAUGUAGUCGUGACAGAAAGAGUAAUCCAGCCAACUUCCGGCCUGGUGGGCAAUCUGAGUGUGCACCCCGAUGUAUCAAACACCCGCGAUGUGGUUGUGACAGAGAAGGUAGUUUCAGGCUCCAGUAUAACUGGCAUUAGUGGCCCAGCUGGGUUAGGUGGAGGCAGUGGCAUAGGCAGCAGUGGCCUGAUGGGCAACGGUGGUGGCAUUGGGCUGAGCAGCCUGGAAGGGGGCGGGGGCCUGAGUAGCAGCAUCGGGGGCACAUCCACCACUGGCCACUUGAGGGGCUCCUCUGAGCAUCACUUUAGCAAUGCCCUAGGAUCUGCCUCCCCUAUCACAGCCCAAAGUCGAAUCACAAAGUACAGUACAGGACAAUAUGCCAAGUAGCCAGGACCCCAGCACGCUUCUUCUCAGUAAUUGUGAUUUAGGUUUAAUUCCCACCACCCAAAAACUAACAAUGUGAUUUAUGACAAUCGGGUGCUAAGAAAAUUGUGGUACAAGGUGAGACACCUCAGUGAGAAAAAUAGAUGGAAAUAGUGCUGUUGGGCAAGAGCUCUCCUGAGCAUUUGUAAACUUUCUUCUUCUAGUCAUACUAACAGAAUCAUGACCGUGAACUAAAACUUGAGACAGGCUCUUCUUGGUGCCUGGAUGGCCUGUAGGGUCUUCUUGGCUUUUGUGUGGACUGUAGUGUAUCUCCAGCACACAGAAUAAAUAAAACUUGGUCAUGUAAAAGCACUGGCCUUAAGAUGGCAAUUGGCAUCAGUCUCCUUGCUCUGUUUUGAAUUGCCAUGUAGCCCAGGCAAUAUUUAAAUAAAACUAAACAUGCAAUAUGCACUCAAGUAUGUGGGAAGGAUUUGAAAUAUGCCCCAAAUGCCUUGUCAAUUUCGCAGAUAAUAUAAAUAAAAAUCCAAUCACAUAUUUAGACCAGGGUUAACCAUUAAAGAAAAAAAAAUGGCUACUCAGCCAAGUCCACAAGCCACCAAGCACUCCCACCUUAAUAACUGCACUAGAUAAAACAAACUUCAAAUUAGGAAGUUUUUCCUGGGAGGGAAAUUCCAUAAGAGGGUGGCAACAUAGUGAGAUUGAUUGGGAGUGAACUGGCAUCAUCUGAGUCUAGAUCUCGAGAUGGGGCUUCAGCUAUAAUUCCUAUGGAGUCAAGGACUUCUCUGAUUCUAGUUUGUGUCUAGCGGAAGAUGCAAUAUUGAUGUAUAUUGCAUACUGGUGAAGUUGCAGUAUAUCACAAGCAUUUCUCCCUUUACCACUGUGACUCUGACUUAAUAAAGGAAAAUCUGCCAAGUAUACUUCUCAGGCUGGAGCAAGUAACACCUGACAUGGUAAAUUACCUUCCAAAGAAGUAGACAGGAAUCACAUUGUAUUUUCAGAUUGUGUUUUUAGUAAGUGUUAUUCAUUUAUAUCCAGCUCUUUAUUACACAUCUCCUAAGAUAAAAUAAUUGACUUAGACUGAGCUGCGAAAAAAAGCCUGCAGUAUAGUUACGCUUUGGGAAAAUUUUUUAAGGGGAUCUAAAAACAUGUUUUUAGCCCAUGUAAAAUAUUUAAUGGGGGAAGUUAGAAUUGUUCAGUAAAUAAUACCAUACUAUUAGUUUUAAUUGAGUUUAGUACUUUUUAAAAUAACCCUCUGCUGCUAUUUUGAAGAGAUCAGCUGGGAACUUUUAACAGAGUUUAUGACAUUGUGUUAAUGGGAAUGAAAUUGUACUAGACAAUCCAGUUUCCUUACUCUAUCCCACCUCCUAACCAAAUUUUCUCACUAGCCUAAAUUUUACAUUCCUGAUUUGAUUUGUCAAUAAGCUCUUGGAUUAUAUAUGCUCCAAUUUAUAGAUAGUGUCUAAAUUAUAUAGUAUACUUUUCUAACUUCAAAAUUUAAUAAUGUCCUAUUUAUGAUGAGUCAUUUCUGUGAAUUUGCUACAUAGUGUUACCUGGUUAAAAUCUCUAAAUAGAAUCAAAGCAUUCUUAGAGGCAAAUUUACUAUUGUACGGUAGAGGAAUUUUUUUCUCUUUUCUAAAUUCAAUGUUAAUAUUUGCUCACUAAUGUGAAACUGGAUAUGGCAAAAAUAUUUUAAGGAUUAGUCCCCCCAGUUACUCAAAUUUCCCAGAGUGUUACAAGAUCAAAGAAUAGUUAUUGGACUUCCAACACUUGUCAAAGGGGGAUGGCGAGUGAAUUAUUUUACCCAGAGCUAUUUCACUCUGUGUUAUAGCAGAUGAUGUCAAUAUUUUCAAAGCCACAAUACACAUCUUAUUUUAACUCUGUAGACUAUGUAAAAUUUUGAUAGUCUGUAGCAUGCCAAAAUGCAGAGGUGUAAAUAGAAUCAUUCACAGGGAGUCUUUCUUUUAUUUCUUUCCCCCAUUUGGAGGUUCCAUUAAUAAUGGGUAGUCUUUCCAGAAAUAAAGUCAAAAGCUACUUAUUGAAAUAUACUUGAGGAUGCCUGGGUCCAGGAGUUUGAAGAAAUAAAAAUAGUUAUUAAUUAAUUGUUAGUAUUUGUCACUUUGAUAAGACAUAUCAUCAGAAGUGUUUUCUUAAAACUCCUGAUAUCUUCCAGAAAUGUUUUUUAGAUUGUCUGACAAAUGCCACUGCAACCAUCUUUAAUAACUAUUGUUAUUAAGAUCCAUUAGUUACAUAAAACCAUGGGAGAUACAAGAAAAAAAAUGGCAGUAUUAGUCAUCAAUCUUUCUAGGAAGAUACUUUCAAAUCAGACUCUUUUUUUCAUGUUUACACAUUGAUGUUCUAACUCUUUAUCCCUAAAUUUAAAAAUUACCUUUUUAAGACAGCAACCAUUCUAACAGUCAUUUAAAGGCAUGUAAUUUUUUUUAAUGAACAGCCUUUAGAAAGAACUUAAUCCUUCUCUUCAGAUGCUUUACUCUAACUCACAUACUUUACGUCAUUCCAUAGACGUAAAGAUAUGAAAAUUAUUUUAUAAGUGAAUAGUUAUAAUUCAAACCCAUAAUGCAAGCUGAGUCUCAGAUCAACUUGCUCCUAACAAAAGAGAAGGAAAAAAGAGUGAUUUAAUUGUUAUGUGUAUAUAUAGUUUGAAAACAAAGUGUUUAAUAUUUAUAAAACAUCUCACUUUCCCAAGAGGUAGUCCUUAGAGGCAAAAAUUAGUAUAUUAUAAAUACUUUAUUAUUCAUUGAAUUCCAAAUACAUCUGCUACAGAUUAUUAGCCUCUCUGUACGUUGCCUAAUGUAAAUGUAUCUGCUCCGAAAAAUUUACGGAAAAAGUAUCUAUUUCAGGUUAUUUCCAGGGCUUCAUCUGGACAUCUGUUCUACAUUUGUAUAUAAAGUUUUUAGCCUCAUAAUGUUCAUUCAAUGUAUAAUGUUCUGACAGAAUUUUAAUUACAUAGCUUCAAAAAUUACAUACUCACUCUGAUUGGAUGUUUCUAGUUAUAGACACAAUUCAUUUCUGAAUUUAUACCAACAUUUGAAAGUCAGCCAGUGUAUAACACAUAUGACAGUUUUUGACUUUAGCAGGAGUUUAAAGGUGUUAUAAUCUUGGCUAAAAUGGCUCUGGCUUUUUCAGAAAGACAUCUGAAGCCCAAAACAAACUUUUGAAAGUAUUGCCACAUUUCCCCAUGCCUAUUUAAUCAAUUCCAACCUUUGAGGAGACUUCUGGUGUUUGUAAGACCUAUUUCACAUUGCACUAGAAUACACCGGUCCAUACAGAUUAUUCGUAUCCGUGAAACAGAAUCUGUCUUCCAGUUCCAGAUUAUUCAAUUCAUGUUAGGACAAAAGCAAAAAUGGAUCAACCUGUUCUCCAUCAAAUAAUUUUAAAACAAUGAAUAAUCUAUUGUUUAGGUGUCUAUAUGCCUCUGUUUAGUUAUAUUUGAAUUACUAAACACUGUCAUCAAGCUGUACUUAGUCUAACCUAUUUUUCUUUCGCUAUUUUACGCAUAUUUUUAGACUUUAAUACUCAUCUUGGGUGAUGUUUACAACAAAGUGUUUUCCUUCAAGUUUCAGUAUAAAAACUCUUGGAUUAUUUGGGUCCUAGUUCCUUGCUUGGUCAUCUGUUAGCUAUUUUAAGUUGGUCUGUAAUUUCUGACGAGUUAUGUUUACAGCAAUAAAAUGCUUA